UCAUAUGCAGAUUUGGGACAAUAUAUAGGAGAGAUGAAGCCAGUAGAGAUCAGAUUUUCUCUACACAGAGAACUCUACAGCACAGAGAUCCAGCCAUGGCACCUACAAUCACUUCAACUUUGAUCUACUCUAAGGAGCACCUGACUCUGACAAACAAGCUAAGAAAGCCAGUGGUUGAGAAGUUACGCAGAGAUCGUAUCAACAACAGCAUUGAGCAGCUCAAGUCUCUCCUGGUUCCAGAGAUCCUCAACCAGCAGCCAGACUCCAAGCUGGACAAAGCCGACAUCCUGGAGAUGACAGUUUGCAUCCUGAGACAACAGCAACAGAACCAGCCAGUGAGCUCCUCCUCCUGCUCAGCACCUGUCAAUCAGGGAUUCUCCAGGUGUGUCCAUGAGAUUGUUCACGUCCUGUCUAAAGAUGAGCUGAAGUCACAGUCACAGAGAAGACUGCUGAGCCACUUCCAGAGCCUGCAGCCAUCCUCUGAUAAGAACAGGAGGGGGAGUGACCUUCCUCAGCUGAGCUCCCCAGCCCAGCACAGCAUCAGCAAAGAGAAGAGUCCAGUCAACAUCGCCCUCUGGAGGCCCUGGUAGAGACCUACAGACUGGAGCUCCACUCAGACAAACACAAUGGAUGGACCAUGUUGGUCUAAAAUUAAUUUCAUGGACAUUAAUGAGUAUAAGAAAAUAUCUUCUUUGUUUUCUGCUUAUGCAGGAGUUUUUAAAAGUAUUGCUGUGAUUGAGACAUUUCAUUUCAGUUGUACUGAAGUUAAAACGUUUUUCCAAGAAAACAAUCUGAUCGAUGAAAACUACAUUUUUGUAGUGUUAAUUGAAAUCAUCAUAAUCUUUAUGUUUUGUGAAACGUGUUGGUUAUAUUUAUCAUGUGUUCAUAUUCAUGAUCAACAAUAACUUGAAUGGUUCUCUAUGAGAACCUUAAAACCAAAAUGGAUGUUAUAUGAUCAGUAUGUUUGUGAUUGUAUUUGGUUGAUCUGUUUUUAAGGUCAAAAUAUAAUUAAUUUUUUUACCACUACAUUUGUGUAGUGAUAUAGUCAUAUUGACAUUGUGCAAAUGGGAGAACAAAUGUCUAAUUGAAAAACCCUUGUUUAUUUUGAACAAUUCUGUUGUCUUUCAUAAACACAGUAACUGUGUAUCCUAUACUCUGAUAGAGUAUCAUGUCUUUCAUAAAGACAGUAACUGUGUAUCCUAUUCUCUGAUUGAGUAUCAUGUCUUUCAUAAAGACAGUAACUGUGUAUCCUAUAUACUCUGAUAGAGUAUCAUGUCUUGGAGAUUUGGUCAAGUUCUUGUUGUGAUGUUUAAUCACUUUAGUUCUCUUGAAAUAUUUAACUUAAAUUAAGGUAUUGAAGAUGUGACUCAUUGAGUCAUUCUGAAUAAAUACACAAAUCUUCAUAAGAAACA